CCCUUGGUUUUGAUAUCUAUCUUUUUAUAAAAGUUGCAAAUGUGUCACAUGUCUAUCGUAAUGUAUAGUAAUUAAAACGAGUAAAAUGUCUGGUAAAGAAGUUCUUGAUCAGCGCGACCUCAGCGUGUUCACCAACGUGUUCUUCUACUGCUUCAACAUCAUCGCGCUGCCCGUCGCCUCCUUCUUCCUCAGCAAGACGCUGGUGUUCGACGGCCUGCUGCAGCUGACGCAGACCAAGAGCAGCGUGUGCUCGGCGGUGACGGCGGUGGUAGCCCUGCAUCUGGCACUCGGCCUCUACAUCUACAAGGCGUACUCGGGGCCGGACAAGCCGCCCAGCAAGCGUGACUAGUGUCGUGUCGCCGUGUUGGCGUGCCAGUACUAUCUGCGAGGCACGGGCGUGUUAUCUGGGUUGGCCGGCGGUAACGACGCUCGUUAGUGCGGCGCGCCCGGCUCUCAGUCGCCACGCCAUGCUGCUCAGGUCGGGAGGUGCGUGCAGCGUGCUGCGCAGCCUGUGCCACAGGUAACGCCGUGCGCAUGUCUCCGGUCCUGCCGUCGAAGGUUGCGCUGUAAGCAACUGCUCAGGGUGUGUGGUAAUGGGCGUAGCAGCAAUUUGUAAUGUUUCAGGCCCUUUUAAAUGUGUGAAAUAAAUGUUUUACUUUGUGUACCUGGUCAUUUCAGUACAUCAUGAUCUAGAGUGUAUCUCAUUAAUUAUUUUGUUUCUUCAUCACAUAUUUCUCCUCCACAAGUUGAAAUUAAAGUUGGCAGUUUGGUUAUCAAUGCAUUGGUAGACAAGAUUUUAUGGUUUUAUUUUUAGGCCAAUUUCAUUUCUAAAAUAGGAGAUUUUGGUGUUAUUGUUUUUAUUUUUUAUGAAUCCUGUUUUUUUUUUUUUUUUUUCCCCAUAAAGAUAGCUUAUUUUUCCACAAAUAUGGCACUUUAAGUGUUUCUUGAUGCUUAUUUCUCCAAACAGUGUCAUUUUGAUUAAUGCAUGAUGCACUUUUGCAUUAAUUUUUAAUCAACUAAUCGGAACAAUAAAAAUAAUUUGGAAAGUAGUUGUGUCUGUUCAAAUAUGUACCUACAUUGAUUUGUAAAAAUGAGUUACUAAUAUAAUAACAGCUGUGAAUUAAAAAAAGAAGAAAAUUAGCAAAUACAUUUUGGUACUAACGUCAUGUUAAAUGAAUUACCUUCAUUGAAUUUAAUGUAUUAAAAGAUUGUUUUAUUGUAAAUGAAAUUAGUGUUUGUAUUAAAAAUUCUGAUAUUUUGUGGUUUUAGUUGCAUUUUGGUGCUUUAUGGUGUAUUAACUUACAUUUUGUUGUUAUAUGUUGCAUUCACAUGCUUUUCUGUGUUACUUUGGUUUUAUUGCAAUUCACCAAUUAAUCUUAUCCCUAUUAAUUGGUCUUGUGAAUCUUUUUGCAUCAUUUUUAUGUUCAUGGAAACUUUAAUUCAUGGAGGGUAGAAUUAUUUAGGCAUUAUGAAAACACUAGCCGAUAAAGAGACAGGAAAGCAGGAAUUUGAAUCAGGACUAGAACAACUUAAACCCCACGUCACGCAUCAGCAGAGAAGACGGUCCAACUCCUCACUCGCGUCUCACCACGUGUCGAGGCUUGCAGGACUUUGUGCUCUAGAGCACGCCGAACAGUUACUCUUCUUUGCUGAACAUAUAUCUAACAGAAUCAUUAUAACUUUCAUUAAAAAAUGAAAGGUGGAGAAAUAUUUUAUUGCAGGUGUUGAAUAUGUUAAUUUUUUCCCCCCUAAACUAGCAAAAAACAUUUUGCUUCAGGAAAGUCUUCAUGUCCCAUGUCAUACCUGAUUAAUACUUUCACUGUGCUCAACUGUUUUUUUGGUAGUAUAAAGUAUUUUAAUUACAAGGUGGCCAUUAUUGUUAUAUAGAUAAUAGGAUAUGGUAGGUGGGGAAUUAGAAUACUUUGUUGAAGGUUUGUUAGGGAUAAUGCAGCCGAGUUGUCAAAGCAGUAGAUUAGCGGUAGUGCCUCCGUUCCUAGGCCGACUGCAGGACAGGAUGGCAACCAAACAGAAACAUAAACAGUAGUGGAAGGGAAUCGUACAAAUGUCUGAUGAUGACAAAUCUCAGCCAGAGACUAUGCUUUGAGAAGAUCUAUCUGAAGAGUCCCCCAGUUCAAGAUGUGUUAUUUGUGCAAAGAAAACUGCCACAUGAUGAAACAUUACCAUAUUUAAUUGAUUUUUACAAAUAAUGGAGACUGCAGUGGUAUGUCACACCGACCAGGCAAUGCAAUGUGAUCAGAGCACUUCAGGAAACCUGUGUGAAAGCAACUGCUUAAGUUAUCAUGAGAUGAUCACUACGCACAUCUGAGCUGGCCAGAUUAUUGUAGUAUUUAUUUAUACAAACUCUAAAAAAUUUGAACUUAUCUACAUCUCUGUAUAUCACUGUAACAAAGUAAUAAAAACUGUGUACCUGGUUAUUCUUUUGUACUGAACGAUUCUAAACCUAUUGUGCAACUAGUUUGUCUGUAUUUUAUAAGCAUCUGCUCAUAACCAGAUGCAAGAUAAAGAUGUUAUUUCCAAA